AUGUCUUGUGUUCAUUACAGGUUUCAGAGUCGACUCACCUACGACUCGCUCCAGUUUGAGGGCCUCAACAUCACUGUGGGAGAGCUGAAGCGGCAGAUCAUGAGGCGCGAGAGGCUGAAGUUCUGCCAGCUGAAGAUCAGCAAAGCCCAAACUGAUGAAGAAUACACAGAUGAUGAUGCUCUCAUCCCCAAAAACACGUUGGUCAUCAUCAGACGGGUCCCUGCGGCUGGACUGAAGUCCUCCAACAGAAGAUUUGUUGGACAUCAAGCUGGAUUAUCAGCCAAAUCUUCUCAAACAGGUGAUUCUUCACUCCUCUCACUGGAGCAGCUGUUGAAGACUGAGAAUCUGGCUGAGGCAAAGGCAUCAGAGGAGGACAAGCUAAAAGCGGUGAUGUACCAGUCCAGUCUGUGCUACUACUCCAGCAGGGCAGCAGCUCUGCUCCGCUUAAGCGCAUCCGGAGGAGCACAGGGAUUCCCCGCAGCUUCCUGUUGGAGGUGGACGACCCAAACCGAAAGGGAGUCAUGAUGGACGGCAGCGGCAAAUACGUCAUUCCCAUCAUAGACGCUGAGGCCUAUGCUGCUGAGAAGAAAAAGAGGCCUUCCUUCUGCCAGACCAAGCCGCUGUCCUCCUCUUCCUCAGCUGGUGCAGCAUCUUCAGUCCAGGACGCCAGAGGGAAACGUUCCCGAUCCCCAUCUCCACCAGAGACGCACGGCGACCAGAAGAGACCACGUCACUGAGAGACCUUCACCCAAGAGACCUGGAGCUGACGUGAGCACAGUGUAUAUAUUGUACAUAGUUUAUGAAUAAAACUGAAUAAAGAUUA